UGCGCACCGGUCUCAUCGCGUUCGUCUUCUGGACAUCUCUGAGUUUUGCUCCCAGAUCUGGCUGUAUCUCGGCUCCGCAUCAUCGACGAAGAAACAUAAAAGGAAGAAUAAAGAAAAAGUCAACUUGGAUUAUUUUAUCACUGAGCUUCCUUGUCAGCUGGACAUGAGGAUAGUUUAAAAAUCGCCUCGGAAAGCGGUUCUGUAAUCAACGAUCACAAUGGUGAAAGAGUCCGGACCCACGUUUGUCCAGAAACCGAUCCUCGACCAAUCGGAUGACGGCCGGGUCCUCAAGUUCUCCUGCCGCAUCGCCGGCGAACCCCGGCCAAACUUCAAAUGGUUCCUGAACGACAAAGAGCUGAGCGACGGUGGGCGCUACUUCAUGACCACCAAGCCCGACGGCGACAGCUACCAGGUUGCCUUGGAGAUCGAGGACGUGUCUGGCGAGGACGCUGGGAAUUACAAGAUCGUCGCCGAGAACAAAUCCGGCAGUACCAGUGCCACCAUCAAUCUCAAGUUUGGCGAGGAAGAAGAAGGUGAAGGAAAACCAGGGGGUGCCGAUGGCCUGGCGCCCAACUUCACCAUGAAACCCAAGAUGCGGCAGUCUGAGGAUGGCCUCAAGCUGACCAUCGAGUGUGAGCUGAUGGCCGACCCGGAGCCCGAGGUCACCUGGUACCGCGGCAACAGCACUCUGCGCGACGGAGGCCGCUUCCGGUUGACCUACACCCCGGACGGGGAGUACAUUUUCUUGGCGCUUGAAAUCACCGACGUGACGGAGCGUGACGGCGGAGAGUAUAAGAUCGUAGCUUCCAACAAACUGGGCACGGCUACCAAUACCAUCAAGCUCAACUUCCAGACCGGUGCCCCGUCCUUCACCAUGCAGCCCAAGAUCGAGCAGUCCCCGGACGGCCGCAACUUGACCUUCCAGUGCGAGCUGACCGCCGACCCCAAACCGACCCUCACCUGGUUCAAGGACGACGUGCCGCUGGCCGCCGGCGGACGCUACACGAUGAAUGUGGAGCCCGACGACAACGUGUACUUCCUGACGCUGGGCAUCGCGGAUGUGUCGGCUAAGGAUGCUGGCAAGUACAAGAUCAUGGCCAAGAACGAGCACGGCGACGCCAAAUCGACCAUCGACCUGAACUUUGAGGGAGGCGCGGAGGAACCACCCAAACCACCGGUUAAGGGAACUCCUCCUUCCUUCAUCGGAAAGCCAGGCAUGCGCCAGUCGGACGACGGCACCUCCGUCUAUUUUGACUGCCAGCUGAUGGCCGACCCCAAACCCGAGGUCAUCUGGACCCUGGGGAACAAACGCAUCCCCACCGGCGGGAAGUACAACCUGAAACUGGAGCCCAAGGGGACAGACAAGUACUCGCUGAUGCUGAGUAUGGACAACAUCAGCCCUAAGGAUGGCGGGACCUAUGUGGUCUACGCCCGUAAUCAGGGUGGGGAGGACAGGACUACCAUCAACCUCAACUUUGACGUUCGUGAAGCCAACAAGGAGGGCGCCCCAACCUUCAUCGAGAAACCUACCAUCAAGCAAGAGGACAACGGUCGUCGUCUGGUCAUGGAGUGCAAGGUCAUGGCCGACCCUCGACCCAAGGUGGUCUGGUACUACAACAACAAGGAGCUGAAGGACGCGGGCCGCUACCGCCUGCGCACCACCAAGCAGGGUAAGAUCUACAUCCUGGUGCUGGACAUGUCCAACGUCACACCCCAGGAUAUGGGCAUCUACAAGGUGGUGGCCGAGAACGAGAAGGGCAAAGCGUCGUCCACCAUGACGGUCAACUUUGAAGUUAAAGACAAGCGCUUCCCUCGCAAGUUUGAGGUCUCGACGGAGGUGGCCAAAGUCCACGUUGACUUCCCGGCAUCUUCCAUGGAGACCAUCGACCUGGGGCCGGACUUCGGCACCCUGGAGCUGCUCAUGCCGGAGAUGGAGAUGGGUGGGCCCAGGGAGAUCGAGCUGAUCAGCAAGGGACCCGAGGAGCAGGAGAAACCUAAAGUCAAGGAUUCGGUGCCAGUCUUCUCCGAGCCGCUCGAAGACGUGGAUGUGGAGAAUGGAAAAGCCGUGGAGUUCAGAUGCAGGAUCGUCGGCAAGGUUACCAAGGUCAUCUGGUACAGAGACAGCAAGGAAAUCCGUCCCUCGUAUAACAUCAAAAUACUUCAAGAGGGCGACCUUUACAUGCUGCGCAUGCCCAGGGCUAUGGCCCGCGACAGCGGAGACUACAAAAUUGUCGUGGUGGGGCCUGGAGGGGAGGCUAAGUCUGAGGCUGAACUUUUUGUCGACGAUCUGCCCAGCAAGCCUGCUCCAAAGCCCAAGGAAGAGCCAGCGAAGCGACCAGCGCCCGAAAAACCAGAAGAAGUUCCUAGCAAAGCCCCUAAAGUCGAGGAGCCUUUGCAGCAGGCCGUUGCCAUGGAAGUAGAGGAAAAAGCUCCUAGCAAACGCAAACCAGAGGAGCCGACCAAAAAACCUGCCGAGACUAAACCGACCGACAAAGACAAGAAAGAAGUGCCCAAGAAGAAGGAGCCGGAAAAACCGUGGAAAAAACCCGAACCUGAGAAACCGACUGAAGCAGAAGUGCCUAAGAAAAAGGAGCCUGAAAAACCGUGGAAAAAGCCGGAAGUUGAUAAGCCAACUGAAGCAGAAUUUCCAAAGAAAAAGGAGCCAGAAAAACCGUUGAAAAAGCCGGAAGUUGACAAACCGACCGAAGCAGAGGUGCCCAAGAAAAAGGAACCGGAGAAACCGUGGAAAAAGCCGGAAGUUGAGAAACCAAAGGAAGCAGAGGUGCCCAAGAAAAAGGAACCAGAGAAACCGUGGAAAAAGCCGGAAGUUGAGAAACCAAAGGAAGCAGAAGUGCCAAAGAAAAAGGAGCCGGAAAAACCGUCCAAAAAACCAGAAGUUGAGAAACCAACUGAAGCAGAGACCCCGUCCAAGAAGAAGGCCCCGAAGAAAGACGAAGAGGCCCCGCCUGAAAAGAAACCCCGCCCCGGCGACAAGCCCAAGCCCGCCCCCGCAGAGGAAGCUAUUACACCAAUGGAGCAAACCCCCGCUGAAUCGGCCCCUGCUCCUGUAGAGGAGGCUGUUACGCCAAUGGAGCAAACCCCUGCAAAAUCGGCCCCUGGUCCAGUAGAGGAGGCUGUUACGCCAAUGGAGCAAACCCCUGCAAAAUCAGCCCCUGCUCCAGUAGAGGAGGCUGUUACGCCAAUGGAGCAGACUCCCGCCGAGUCCACACCAGCUCCAGUGGAGAUUGAGAUCACCCCAGAGGGAGGGAUCGUGGCUCAACAGGCGCCGGAGGAACAGGCGGCUGUUCCCAAACAGCGUCGGAUGUCGGCGACCGAUUACCUGGAUGAAGAGUCCGCCCCGGAAUCUGCGCCCAAGAAAGGAGAGAGCGCCCCCGACGAAGGGUUCAGAAAGACUGGUCAGUCGGUCAAGCCGGCCGAGACCAAGCCCACGGCUCCCCCACCGGCCGUCAAGAUGAAGGAGGAAGGCGGGCCGCCCUCUUUCAUAGAGUCGCCCUGCAAGGUCCAAGUCAUUGAAGGUCAGUCAGUGAAGUUUGAGGCUGUGGUGGAAGGCAAACCGAAGCCCACAGUCACAUGGUACAAAGGCAGCACGAAGAUUGACGACGGUUACAAGAAUCGCUAUGCUGUCAAGUUCUUGGAGAAGCAGGACGUCCACGUCUUGGAAGUCAAGAAGUCGGAGAUGACCGACACGGGGAAGUUCAGCUGCAUCGUGGAGAACGACCACGGCAAAGACGAGCGCGUCUUCUCAAUGAUGGUCAACAAGAACCCGGAGGCAGUGGAGCCGGAAGAAACUCCAGAAGAAGAAAAGCCAGAAGCUGAUGCGUUGGAUUUCCGUCAGUUCCUGAGACACAGGGAGGUGGAACGGCGUGAGUCUAAGGUUGAGGUACCAGACUGGGGCACCCUCAAGGACACUGAUGUACCCGACAAAGUGGGCGCGGAGGUGACACGUCCCCUAAGAUCGACCCGCGCCAACGAGCGCGACGGCCGGCUGACCCUCGAAGUUGGUUGUAAGGCCAAUGGCGUCAAGCCCACCUGGCAUAAGAACGGCCAGGAACUAACAGCCAGCAAGAAGUACAAGAUCAAGAGUACGAUCAACGACUACGAGCUGACCAUCACGGACCUAAAGGUGGCGGACAGCGGGGACUACACGGUCAAGUUUGGUGACUUUGCCGAGUCCAAGUGCAACGUGGUCAUCGAUGUGCACCGUUGCCUAGCAACCAUGUCUGACAGAGAAGUGACUACAAUGGUUUCCAAGGGGAUUUUACCUAAGGGUGCGGGGAAACCGAAGGUGGACUUUGUGACGCUCCUGAAGCCCGUCGAAGUCCACGAGGGACAGGACGCGAGGUUCAGCUGCGAGCUGUCGGGCGACUGCAUGGAACUCCAGUGGUACAAGGGCAACGACAAAGUGCCGCCACGCGACAAGAAAUGUGAGGUCAAGCGGCUGGGGCGGCGCCACACGCUGAUCGUCAAGGACUGCAAGGCGGCCGACCAGAGCGAGAUUGCCAUCAGCGUCUUUGGGCGGUACAGCCGCGCCGAUCUGACCGUCAAGUCCAAACCCAAGUUCGUUAAGGAGCUGUCACCGGUCACUGUGGUGGAGAGCAGGUCCUGCGCGCUGACCUGCGAGAUCUCCGACUUCACCUCGGAGGUCAAGUGGCUCAAGGACGGCAAGCCGGUCACUCUGGACGACCGGGUGGUCACCAAGAUGGACAAAGGCGUCCGCAAGCUGGUCUUCUACAAGGCGGCGUUUGACGACGCGGCCGAGUACACCGUCAAGUUUGCUGAUUUGGAGUCCAAGGCCAAACUGACUGUUACAGAGCCGCCAAACUUCAACGGUAACCUGCCGGAUGAAGUGGAAGCCUUCGCCCACCAGGACGCCGAGUUUGCCACGGAGGUCUCCAGCGACGACGCGGAGGUCUUCUGGUUCAAGAAUGGCCAGCCCAUCAUGCCCGGAGAGGAGGACAAGUACGAGAUGAUUUCCGAGGGUCCCACGCGCAAACUGGUUGUCAAGGACGUGGGGCCCGAGGACGAGGCCAACUACGCGUGCGCCCUGGACGAGACUAGAGCUACACGGUCUAAUCUCAAAGUUCAAGCUCCACCCACCCUCAAGAUGCCCCUGGACAUGGAGGACUUGAUUGUCAAAGCCGGUGAGCCCGUGGAAGUCACCCUCGACAUCUCCGGCUCCCCCGCGCCCCAAGUGGAAUGGUCCAAGCCGGGCACCACGCUGGCGCCAGACGACCGGACCCAGAUGGUGACCAUGCCCAUGAGCGCCACGCUGCUGAUCACGCAUACCGACCGCAACGACACCAACGAGUACACGGUCACUGUGAACAACAAGCACGGCACGGAGUCGGCCAACUUCAAGAUCACGGUCAUUGACAAGCCGCAGGGUCCAGAAAGCGUCAAAAUCUCCAGCUACGACGAGCACUCGGUCUCCCUCACCUGGAAACCGCCCGUCGACAACGGCAACUCGGAAAUCACGCACUACGUGGUGGAGUACAAAGAGGUCAAGCGCGGCGAUUGGACGGUCGCAACCGACAGCGUGUCAGAGACGGAAUUCACCGUCCCCAACUUGACGGAGGGGAAGGAGUACACGUUCCGCGUGGCGGCCGUCAACAUAGUGGGUACCAGUGAACCGAAGCAGACAGACCGGACCCAGGUUGCCAAGGAACCAUUUGAGCCCGCUGAUCAGAUGGAAGCGCCGAAAGUCGUUGACACCCACGACGGCAGCAUUGAGCUGAAGUGGUCCCCACCAGAAUUCGACGGCGGCUGCCCGAUCACUGGCUACAUCAUCGAGAAGCGGGAAGUCGGUUCCCCACGCUGGUCCAAGGCCACCAAGAGCCCAAUCAAGGGCACCAGCUACGAGGUACCGGACCUGGUGCAGGGCGGGAACUACGAGUUCCGGGCCAUGGCCGUCAACAAGGCCGGGGAGAGCGAACCGAGCACGCCUAGCAAGGCGGCCCUGGCGCGGGAACCAAUCGACCCAGCCCUACCCCCAGGCGAGCCCGUCAUCGAGGACGUGACCAAGGACUCUGUCACCCUCUCCUGGGCCAAACCCAAGGACGACGGGGGCAGUCCCAUCGCGGGCUACUACGUGGAGAAAAAGAACCCCGCGACAGGCGACUGGGAACGCGUCAACAAGAAGCCCAUCAAGGAUACCAAGUACAAGGUGCCGGACUUGGUGGAAGGAGAGGAGUAUGAGUUCCGAGUGGUGGCCGAGAACGAGGCGGGGCUCAGCGAGCCCAGUGUGGUGUCACCGCCGGUGGUGGCUAAAGAUCCCGAGAUCCCUCCUUCCUUGGACGUCUCCCAGCUAAAAGACCUCACGGUCAAGGCCGGCCAGACCAUCAAGCUAUCUGUCUCCUUCACUGGUACCCCACCACCGAAAGCCACCUGGAGCCUGGACGAGGAGGAGCUGGUGCCCGACGACCGCACCAAGCUGCGCAGCAACCUGCUGACGGCCGAGCUGACCACCAUGGACGCGCGCCGCAGCGAUACGGGGGUCUACAUCGUCACGGUCACCAAUCCGUUUGGCACGGAGAAGGGCACGUCUAACGUCAACGUGCUCGACAAGCCUGGUCCCCCGAAAGGACCAAUGGAAAUCAAUGGCGUCACGGCAACCUCGGCCGUGUUGUCAUGGCAGGCGCCAGCCGACGACGGCGGCCAGCCAAUCACAAACUACGUCAUUGAGAAGAGAGACAUCAAGCGAUCUGGUUGGUCGGUGGUCAACGACACGACAAAAGACACAACACUCAAGGUUACCAAGUUACAAGAGAAGACGGAGUACAUGUUCCGUGUUGCUGCAGAGACUACUCUGGGCGUCAGCAAGUACUUGGAGGCCCCACACACCGUCCUGGCAAAGAACCCAUACGACGAGCCCGGUGCACCGGGCGUGCCGGAGGUUGUGGACUACGACAACGACUUUGUGGACCUCGAGUGGGAGGAGCCUGAGAACGACGGAGGGGCGGACAUCGAGGGCUACGUCGUGGAGAAGAAAGAGAAGACCAGUACCCGCUGGAUGGAUGCAACCGACAAGCCCGUCAGAGGCACUAACUUUAAGGUCCCCAAUCUGAUAGACGGGCGUACCUACGAGUUCCGCGUGGCUGCCGUCAACAAGGCUGGCAAGGGCAAACCUAGCCAGGUGUCACAGCCCAAACUGGUCAAGGCUAAAUUCUCCAAACCAGUUCUGCGCAUCGACCGCCUGAAGGACCUCAAACUCCGGGCUGGCCAGGAGCUGAAACUCCACGUCCCCUUCGACGGAAGCCCGCCCCCUGACGUCGCCUGGAAGAAGAACGGCAGCCCCCUGGAACCGUCUGAGCACGUGCAGAUCGAGAGCACCGAAGAGGAGACGACCGUGCGAGUCAAAGAGUCGCAGCGGGACGACACCGGGGAGUACGAGUUGAUACUGACCAACGACUCGGGAACUCUCAACGCCAAGUGCAACGUCAUCGUCUUAGACAAGCCUUCUCCACCGGAGCCCCCCUUUGACAUCACCGACGUGACCAACGAGACCUGCAGGCUGACCUGGAACCCACCAACUGACGACGGCGGCAGCGAGAUCGCCAACUACAUCAUAGAGAAGCGCGAGUCGGAUGACGACUACUGGGCCAAGUGCGGCGGUUUCAUCAAUGCGCCUGCGUACACCGCCACCAAGCUGAUACGCGGGAAGGAGUACGUGUUUAGAGUGAGCGCAGAGAACGCUCACGGCGGGAUCAGCGCGCCGUUGGAGUCGGCGCCCGUUGUUGCAAAGAAUCCAUACGAUGAGCCCGAUGCCCCAGGCAAGCCCAAGAUCGCCAGCUACGACCGGGACCGCGCCGACCUCCAGUGGGCCGAGCCUCAGUCAGAUGGGGGCGACGCCAUCACGGGCUACAUCAUCGAGAAGAAGGAUCCCAAAUCCAGCCGCUGGUCAAAGGUCAACAAGGCCCCGGUCCUGGGCACAAAGUUCACCGUGCCGGGCUUGAUCGAGGGAAGGCAGUACCACUUCCGGGUCACCGCGGAGAAUCGCGCCGGCCCCGGCCAGCCGAGCCCGGAGUCCGAAGUCAUGAUUGCAAAGCCAGAAUUUGAGAAGCCAAGAAUCGACACCAACGCGCUAAGCCUCCGAGACAUCAAGGUGAGGGAAGGCGAACCCUUCGACGUCAAGGUACCCUUCGUGGCCAGCCCCGCGCCGGAUGCUGUCUGGUACAAGGACAACCGGGAGAUCAAGCUGAACAAUCGCAUCGAAGUCGACACGUCAGAAACCACGUGCACGCUCAGUAACAAGGCGGCCGAACGGGGCGACACGGGGACCUACAAGGUCACGUUGGAGAACGACUCAGGCACUGAUUCGGUUUCGUUGAAGGUUACAGUACUCUGCUGCCCCACCCCACCCAAAGCCCCACUGGAGUACUCCGAGUUCAAGAAAGACUCCCUCAAGCUAACCUGGCAACCGCCAGAGGACGACGGCAACGCCUCCAUCACGGGCUACGUCGUGGAGCAGCGCGACGCCAACCGCGACAACUGGCAGAAGAUCACGAGCUCGGCGUCCAUCUUGGGCCACACGGCGCGCAACCUCAAGACGCACAACGACUACGUGUUCCGCGUCUCGGCGGUGAACCAGUACGGCGUCAGCGAACCGCUGGAAGGCAGACAAGUGAAAGCCAAGCUGCCGUUUGAUGAACCUGACUCCCCCACUGCCCCCAAGAUCGAAGCCGUUGACCGCAACUCCGCCCAGAUCUCCUGGUCCCCACCAGCAAGCGACGGCGGCAGCCCGGUUACCGGCUAUGCCGUAGAGUACAGCAAACCAGGCAGCAACAAAUGGGAACCAGCUAGCAACUACCCUACUAAGGACACCAUGGCUACCGUGCCGAAUCUGAGGGAGGGCGAUGAGUACCAGUUUAGGGUCAUCGCCUUGAACGAGGCCGGGCCGGGCAAACCCAGCCGGGCUUCUGACUCUAUCGUCGCCAAGACUCCAAUCCUGCCAGCCGAUGCUCCCAGCAGGCCGUCCGUGGACAAAGUUCGCAAGGACAACAUCGGCGUGUCGUGGACCAAGCCCGUGUCUGACGGCGGGUCCAAGAUCAAAGAGUACGUGGUAGAGAAGCGCAAAGUGCCGGACAGCGGCCAGAAGGGCGACUGGGUGGAUGCUGUCAAAGUACCAGCGUCCGAAGAGCAGGCCACGGUACCAGAUCUAGAGGAGGGUACGCCCUAUGAGUUUAGAGUCCGGGCCCAGACUGAGGAAGGACCUCCUGGCAAGCCCAGCAUCCCGACACCAGUUGUCACUGCAGAGGACCGUCCAGAGCGUCCGGUUCUGGACAUCAGCACCCUCAAGGACAUCAAGGUCAAAGGCGGAGAGAAGUUUGACCUCAAGCUGUCCUACACGGGCAUCCCCAAACCCGAGGUGACCUGGGAACUGAACGGUCAGCACGUCAAAGAGGACGGCCGCGUGAUGGUCAAGACCACGCACGACGUGACGGCGUUGGUCGUGGAGAGCGCCCAGCGGGCGGACAGCGGGCGGUACACCGUCACGCUGAAGAACAGCGCGGGCACAGACAGCGGGAAAGUCAAGGUGGUAGUUCUAGAUGCCCCAGCCUCUCCCGAAGGGCCCCUCAAAGUCUCCGACAUCACUCCAGAAUCCGCCACCCUAUCCUGGAAGCCCCCGGCCCACGGGCCCGAGGACGUCGAGAACUACAUCGUGGAGAAGAAAGAGCCGGACACGGGUGCGUGGUCCAAGGUCAGCAGCUUCUGCGUCUCGCCCAACUUCAAGGUGCGUAACCUGCAGGAGGGGAAAGAGUACGAAUUCCGCGUCAGUGCCGAGAACCAGUACGGGGCCAGCAAGCCGCUGGUCAGUGAGCCCUUCACUGCUAAACACCCAUUUGACGCCCCGGGUGCCCCCGAACCGCCCUACCCCACCAAGACGGACCGCACGGCCAUCAACCUCGCCUGGAAACCCCCGUCCAACAACGGAGGCAACCCCGUCACCAGCUACAUCGUCGAGAAGCGGGAAGCCGGCGAGAGCAAGUGGUACCCGGCCACCAGGGCACCGCUGAAGGACACCAGCUGCUCCGUGCCUAAACUCGUGGAGGGGACGGAGUACGAGUUCCGCGUGACGGCCCAGAAUGCCGCGGGGCCUGGGAAACCUAGCGACGCUUGCGAAGCGAUCAUUGCUGCACCCCCAUCAGUGAAGCCCAAAGUGCGUAGCGACUGUCGGAACAAAGACAUCACCGUGGUCGCCGGGGACCAGUUCAGAGUGGACGUUCCAUUUGAGAGCACCCCGGCGCCCCAAGUCACCGUGACGCGCGACGACAAAGGCGGAAUGGAGAUCCCUAAGGGAGAUAGAUUUGACAUACAGGAAGGUUCGGAUGAAGCCCUGUUCACAUGCAAGCACGCAGAGAGAACCGACAGCGGGCGGUACACAAUCACAUUGCGCAACAAUGAGGGUACCGACACCUGCAUUCUCCGUAUCACUGUUGUUGAUAAGCCCGGUCCUCCGGAUGGUCCUCUGGAGGUGUCCGACGUCACUGCCGAGUCAGUCAAGCUGUCAUGGAAUCCCCCGAAGGACGACGGAGGAAGCCGCAUCACCAACUACGUGGUGGAAAAGAAAGAGGAAGGACGGACCAGCUGGUCAAAGGUUUCUGGUUUUGUGCGGACCACCGACCAUGCAGUCGGAGGUCUAGAUGAAGGCACCAAGUACUUCUUCCGCAUACGGGCGGAGAACCAGUAUGGCGUCGGUGAGCCGCUGGAGAAUUCAAACGCUGUACACGUCAAAAGUCCAUACGAUGUUCCCGAUGCGCCGGGCAAGCCCGUCAUCAACGAGGUGGACAGGGGCUACGUGAGUCUGACCUGGGAGAAACCGGAGAAUGACGGCGGAGCCAAGAUCACGGGAUACAACGUGGAGAAGAAAGAGGAAGAUGCUGAAUGGGAACAGUGCAAUAAUUUCCUGGUGAAGGACACCAAGAUGUCCCUGAGCAACCUACGUGACACAGUGGAGUACCAGUUCCGCGUGAUCGCCAAGAACACGGCCGGUCUGAGCGCACCCAGUCGGCCCUCCAACGGCGUCGUCCCGAAACCACAAUACACUACCUCAGACAAGCCUGGAGUACCAGAGGUUGAGAAAGUAACCAGCAACACGGCUGACAUAACCUGGUCCAAGCCUACAUCAGAUGGAGGAUCACGCCUUCUAGGUUACACGGUUGAGAAACGCGAGAUGGGCGCUCCCAACUGGGAGAAGGCUAACCGGUAUCCGGUCAAGGAUACCAACUUCACCCUUGGCGGACUAGAGGAAGGGAAGGAAUACGAGGUGCGAGUCUGCGCCGAGAACGCGGCGGGAAUGAGUGAGCCCAGUUACUCGGAGGUGCCCAUCAAACCCAAGGACUCCGUCAAGGGUACAGCUCCAUUCUUUGACAAAAGGCUGGAGAAUGUCACCGGUUCCCAAGGGGAUUCGGCCAAGUUUGAGUGCGCAGUGUCUGGUACCCCGCAGCCCAUCGUCAAGUGGUAUAAGAACGGGGCAGAGCUGUGGCCCGGAGUUCGCGUGUCUGCGCGACAGAGCGACGAGCUCUGCAUCUUGACCAUCAGUGACCUCAAAGACGCAGACUCUGGCGAGUACACCUGCGAAGCUAGCAACAAGCUGGGCACAGAGAGAUGCAAGGCAAAACUGGCCGUCCAACUGGCCCCCUCGGUGGGCAACGUCCCCCGCGAAGUCACAGUGGAAGUGGGCAACCCAUUCAAGGUGAAGAUUCCAUUCAGCGGGAAAGGGGACGUCACUGCCCGCUGCCAGAGGGACGGGGAACCGGUCGACGACAACCGUGUAAAGAUGACGGUUUUCGACGACUACGUCAUCAUGAACGUGAAGCAUGCCGAGCCGGAGGACAACGCCAUGUUCAAGGUCACCGUCGGCAACGACGCAGGAAAUGACACCGCCACCUUCAAUGUCAAAGUUAUUGAUGCACCCGGAGCGCCGCGCGGCCCGCUGGAAGUCGGCGAGGUGACCAACCACUCCAUCCACAUCUCCUGGAAACCCCCAGCCCACAACGGUGGCAUGCCCAUCAAGUCUUACUACGUGGAGAAAAGGGAGGAAGGAUCGAGAGACUGGACACCAGUCAGCAGCUUUGUGAAAGACACCAACUUCCUGGUGCACGGCCUGCAGACAGGCCAGCCCUACGAGUUCCGCGUGGCGGCCGAGAAUGAGAUCGGCGUGGGCAAGCCGCUGGUCGGCGACUCGCCCGUGGUGGCCAAGAGCCCCUUUGACCCUCCUAGCAAGCCCGGUGAGCCGGACGUCAGCCAAAUCGGCAGGGAUUUUGUGGCCUUGAUGUGGGGCCGUCCGCACUCGGACGGCGGGAGCCCCAUCACCGGAUACUUCGUUGAGAAAACGGAGGCUGGAUCCGAUAGAUGGGUACAAGUCAACCGCAAUGCCGUCAUGCAACUGAUCAUGACCAUCCCCAACCUGAUCGAGGACCGAGAGUACGACUUCCGGGUGACUGCCAUCAACCAGGCCGGACUGGUCAGCGAGCCGGCCGUCGGCAGCAACUCGGUCCUGGUCAAGGAUCCCAAUGAGGUGAUCAGACCCAAGUUUGAGGAAGGUCUGAAGGACAGCACGGCCCAUGAGGGCAGAACGGCCACUUUUGAGUGCAGGUUCAGCGGGAAACCCCAACCAGAGGUUAAAUGGUUCAAGGGAUCGCGGGAGCUGUUCACCAACAACAAGUACCAGCCGGAGUUGGACGGCAACGCGGCAACGCUGACCAUCAGCAACAUCCAGCCUGACGACGUGGAGGAAUACACCUGCGAAAUCAGGAAUCCUGGCGGGAGAAAGCUGACCAGAGCGCAACUCCUUGUCAAAUUUUCACCAAAGAUUAAGCUCCCUGCCCGCUUCCGCGACACGGUCGUGAGCUUCAUCAAGGGCGAGACCAUCAAACUCAAGAUCCCCGUCACCGGUUACCCGAAGCCCACGUCCAGCUGGACGCUCAACGGUAAGCGCAUCAACCGCGGCGUUGAAGACACAGAGCGCCACGCCGUGCUGACCAUCUCCAACGCCGACCGGAAGGACAGCGGAGAGUAUGAACUGACCGCUGAGAACGAGGUUGGGAGCGACUCAGCUGUCAUUCAGAUCAAUGUCAAUGAUGUUCCCGGAGCACCCACUGACCUCCAGGCGUCCGAUGUCACCUUCGAGUCUGUCGAGCUGACCUGGAAAGCGCCCUCGGAUGACGGAGGCAGCCACAUCGAUGCUUACGUCCUGGAGAAGCGAGAGUUCGGCCUUGAGUCGUGGAGUCGCGCCGGGUACACCUCGGGUCAGACCACUCACGUUGUCUCCAUGCUCACGCCCAAUAAGGAGUACCGGUUCCGUGUCCGGGCAGAAAACAUCACGGGCUCCAGCGAGCCGAUAGAAGUUACUCACAAGAUUGCUAUACCAGAACCAGAAAAACCCAUCAAAAGAGCUUCCAUGGCAACAGAAGAGUCAGCUGCCCGUCCAGAAAAACCAAGACUUCCUAAAGUUCACGAUUAUGACAUGAUUGUUGAGGAGGGUUUCACACCAAAAAAAGUCAAGCUGCGAAAGACGUCACCCAGCGACCGCUAUGAGUUUGGAGAAGAGCUUGGAAGGGGAGAAUAUGGCGUAGUUCGCAGGGCACUGGAGAGACCAACAGGCCGCAACUACGCCGCCAAGUUUGUCUCGACGGAGCCGGCCGACAAGGCCCACAUCAAGCAGGAGAUGGACACGAUGAGCGCCCUGCAGCACCCGCGACUGCUGCAGCUGCACGACGCCUUCGAGACGGACGACCAGAUGGUCAUGAUCCUGGACUUUUUGAGCGGAGGCGAUCCCUUUGACCGCAUCAAGGACCGGGACCACCUGACAGAGGAGGAGGUUGCGCGCCUCACCAGGCAGGUCUGUGAGGGUCUCAACUACCUACACCUCAGGAACUACAUGCACCUGGACCUCAAGCCCCAGAGCAUCAUCUACGAGACCAAGCGAGGCAACAACAUCCGCCUCAUCGACCUAGGCAUGGCAACCAAGCUGGACCCGGAGGAGCGGGUCAAGGUGGUCUCUGGCUCAUCGGAGUACUCCUCGCCCGAGCUGAUCAACGGCGACGCGGUGGGCUUCUCCACAGAUAUGUGGACUGUGGGAGUCAUCGUAUACAUGCUGCUGAGUGGUAUACAUCCAUUUGACCACGACUCGGACAAGAUCCGACGGGGUCGUUGGGAUUUUGACCAAGGAGCGUUCCGCGGCAUUUCUGACGAUGCUAAGGAUUUCAUCAGCCAACUGCUCGUUGUAGACACAGAGAAGCGCAUGCCAGCUUAUGAGGCCCUGGAGCACCCAUGGUUGAAGGAGCCAGGCAAAUGGGCCAAGAAUCGCAUCCCUACCGACCGUCACAAGAUGCUGCUAGAGAGACCAGGAUGGAGGAUCGGUACCCAGACGCUUGGCAUUGGACGGCUAUCCAACACCAGCGCACACCGGAGACGCAGGCCACUAGAGGGCGACUUCAUCAUCGAAGUCGCAAUGUCACGGAAGGAAGCGCGUCCACGCUUUGUUCGCCGUCCCAUCGACUCAAUUGCCAUGGAGGAUCGCGACGCCGUGUUCAAGUGUGUUAUUGCAGCGCCCUCACAGCCUGUCGUAACUUGGUGGAAGGACAACAAGGAGCUGAAGCAGAGCCUCAAGUACAAGUCCAAAUACGAUGACGUGAACUACGGGUUGGUCAUCGCACGUUGCCAGGUGGAAGAAGCCGGCCAGUAUAUGGUCAAGGCGGUCAACUCCUACGGUGAACUGACCAAGGAGUCGCAUCUUUCUGUCGAACCCGAUCCCAUGAAGAGGCGUGAAGAAAAGAAGAUAAGAAAAGUAGAGCAGCUGCCCCCGCCCCGCCCAGACUCCAAACCGGCCUUCACAUUCCGUCUGCGGUCACGUACCAUCCAAGAGGGGAGCAGCGUACGACUCAGCUGUAUAGCCGCCGGUUACCCAGAACCCAAGGUGACCUGGAUGCGUAACGGCGAGGUCAUCCCCAAGACCCACCCAGACUUCAAGCAGGAGUACUCGUACCGCAUGGCGGUCCUGGAGAUCGACCGGGUCACGGCAGAGACCAGCGGACGUUUCGCUUGCAUCUCGGAGAACUCCAUGGGCACCGACGAGACGGAGUGCAUUAUCAGUGUGGAGGAUCGUGCCAAGCGAGGCCAGAAAGCCAGCAGCACAGAGUACAGCAGCACCACCACCCGCAAAUCCAGGCGACGAGAGGACAUGACAGAGGACGACACCUCUUCGGCAGCACGGACCAUCCAGCAAGGCUUCCGGGAGUACCGACAGAAGAAAGAGAGCGUCUCGGAAGAAGUCACAGAAUCAGAAGAGGGCGGUGUGCACACAAGAAGAGAAACACGUAGAGAGAGACGUGAGGAGAUCCACGUAGGGCAGAGCGGCUCCGUUGACUCGGCCAGGGAAGAGGAGAGCCAGGCACGAAUCGAUGUCGGCGCUAGACAGGCGAUCGAGGUUGACUUGGAAGGUGCAAAGGAGGAGGAGGAGGUCGAGGAGGCGGGUGUGGUCGAGGAGGUGGGCGUGGUUGAGGAGCCAGCUGUGGCACAGGAGGAUGCUGCCCAGGUGGAGGAAAUGCCCGCUGUGGAAGAGGAGGCACCUGCUGUGCCCGAGGGCUACAAAGGCCCCAUCAUGGUUGUCCAGCCAUCGUCUGUAAGCGUCGAGGAAGGAAUGGGUGCCAAAUUCUACUGCAAACUGAUGGAGGCAGCCGAGGAAGUCUUCUGGCUCAAAGACGACCGAGCGCUGGAGGAUGGCGGCCGUUUCACCAUCUCGGCCGAGGCCGACGAGUAUCGCCUCGAGAUCCCCAUGGCCCUGUCCACCGACACGGGCCAGUACACCUUCAAGGCCAAGAACGCUCACGGCGAAUGCGAGACGUCCUGCUCCCUCCAAGUUGUCUUAGAAGAAGGCGAGCCCGUGAACAUAGAGGAGCUACUCAAAUCGGUGGAGUAGGAAAAAUCC